AGAUUGAAGCACAUGUGAUUUUGUCAGAACACACAGGUUCUAAUAUAGCAUGGUGUCUUGGCAUUACUAAAAAUCCAGAAUCUAGAAAUUUUAUGAUAGUAAUGGGAUAUGUAAUAAAUGGUAGUUUAAGACAACAUUUAAAUAAUAGUUUUAAUUCAACAAAAUGGAGUGGAAAGUUUGAUACUUUACUAAAGAUUGCACAAGGCCUCGUUUAUAUUCAUCGAAAAGGGUUAGUUCAUCGAGACUUUCAUUGUGGUAAUAUAUUAAGAAGCGGCCAUAGUAUAUUUAUUACUGAUUUAGGAUUAUGUCGACCAGCAAAUAUAAAAUCAUCUCAAAAUGAAUGUAAAGAACUAUAUGGAGUAUUACCCUAUGUAGCACCAGAAGUUUUAAGAGGAAAAGGAUAUACUCAAGAAAGCGAUAUUUAUGGUUUUGGAAUUAUUGCAUAUGAAGUCUGUACAGGGCUUCCUCCUUAUCAUGAUAUUACUCAUGAUAAAUUCUUAGCUAUUAGCAUUUGUCAAGGACUUAGGCCAAAAUCAAAUUACAAAAUUCC